ACCACCUCAGCCCUGCUCCUCUCCUCCCUGAUGGACGACACUUGGGGCUCUGAGCUCUGCUUCCCCAACCUCAACUCCUCCUGCAGGCGUCUGCUGCGACCACGCUCUGAGACUGUCCUACUCUACACCCUAGUUGCAUCUGUCUCUCUGCUCACUGUGACACUCAAUUUGCUUGUCAUCUUCUCCAUCUCCCACUUCCGGCAGCUCCACACUCCGACCAACACUCUGCUCCAGUCUAUGGCUGUGUGCGACCUGGCAGUGGGGCUGCUGGUGAUGCCUGUCGAAGGCCUACGCUACAUUGAAUCAUGCUGGCUGCUGGGGAGGAUCAUGUGUGCUCUGUCUCCUUAUCUUAUGUACUGUGUGCUCUCUAGCUCUUUGGGACACAUGGUAUACAUAUCCAUUGACCGUUAUCUGAUUAUUUGUGACCCACUGAUCUACUCCUCCAGGGUCACUCUGACUAAUGUUAAAAUAUGUAUAUGUAUCUGUUGGGCCUGUUCAAUUAUCUACACCGGGUUAAUUCUUAUGGACCAUAUGGGGCAACCGGACAGAUACAGCUCCUGCCAUGGGGAGUGUGUGGUGGUCAUAAACCCAGUUUCAGCUACUAUUGACAUGUUUAUGACCUUUAUUGCGCCCUGUACUGUCAUGGCUGUGCUGUAUAUCAGAGUGUUUGUGGCUGCCCUUUCUCAGAUGCGUGUAAUUCAGUCACAGGCUGCUGCUACCAAGGCAAGAGCAGGUCCGACUGCUAGGAAAUCACAGCCCAAGGCAGCCAGGACACUGGGGAUUCUGAUAGUUGUGUUUCUAAUGUGUUUCUGCCCAUACUAUUAUCCCAUUCUUGCAGGUGUGGAUACCUCCAGCAGCUUGUCCUAUUAUCCAUUCUUGUGUUGGCUCAUAAUAUUAAACUCUUGUCUCAACCCUCUGAUUUAUGCCAUUUUCUAUCCCUGGUUUAGAAAAGCUAUCAAACUCAUCAUCACACUCAGAAUACUGCAGGAUAACUCCCGGGAGGUCAAGAUCCUGUAGACAGGGCUGGAAGUAUCAGUGAAUGAUCAUUUUUACAAUGUUUUAGAAACAUUGUGUCACCUCUGAGCAGACUGUUCUGCUGCAGC